AUGGGAUCAGAUGUUAGGCAGCAAGAGCAGCAGCAGGUAGGCCAAAGCGGUCAAGUGACCCAGCAGCAGCAACCACAACAGCUUUACAUGAGCCCUCAGACUGAGAAUCUGAGUUACAUGUAUAGUUUAGUGGAAAGGCUAAUGGAUCAAUUACAGACAAACAAGCAGAGAAAGGAACAAUUACUUUGGGAUGUGGAUGUUUUGUCCAAGCAGUUGAGUCAAAAGUUUAAUAAGUCUGAGGUGAAGGGUAAGGACGACCUUGAUGUAGUUAUCUUUCAAAACUUUUUGAACGAGAGAGACAAUUUACUUGAUGAUGGUGAUAAUGAUAAUGAUGAUGAUAAACAGGGAUCCGACGCAGGGGGAAAUAGGUUGACGAUCUUGAAAAGACAGAAUGAGCAAUUAAAAAAGAUAUUCGAGUCCAAGACGAGACUUAAUGGUGAUACCUUGUCUCUUUUAUACUAUCAUGAGGAUGCGUUGAAUGAAAUUGUCAGACAUUUGAGAUCAGAUGUCUUGAAAAGUCAUGAGGUUUUCAUUGAAAGGGUUAGAUCAAAAUUCAAUAAUGAAAUGAUACCAAAGGAAGAUGCGGAGUUUAGCUUCUAUUUGGAAAAUGUUAAAGAGAUACAAAAGCUAAUUGAUUUUUCACAAGCCUACAGAUCCUUGUUAAGGCUUAAUGACUCAGAGAUGUAG